AUGCCGUCAAUGCAGGAUAACGUGUCGCGCAGAAAGAGCGCCUCCCCGCUGGGCCGAGCGCUCUUCACGGGCCUCCGAGCCCUAGACGUCUGGUGGCAGUACCGCCUCCUGACCAGCGGCUGGGCCAGCGCCGCAAUCGCAAAGCUGCACGGCCACCCCGUCCCAACAGCCCAGAUCCUCUCCUCCGCAGGUGCAGGUGCAGGUGCAGGCCUGCAGCCGUACUACGGCCUGAUCACCCUGCUCGCCCUGGGCAGCAGCGCCAAGCAAAUCGCAACGAUGCUCCUGGUCUCCGAGCAGGAAACCCCAAUCGCGUCAGCCCUUACCAUCGCCUUCUUCAACACCGUCUUCAACUCGCUGAACACCCUCCUCUCCGCGUGGAGUGUGACCUCCCAGUCCCCCGCCACCGGGCUCCUCUCCAGCCCCGCGAUCGCACUGGGCGCAGCAGCGUACACGGUCGGAAUCCUCACCGAGGCGAUCUCCGAGGUGCAGAGGACCGCAUUCAAAAAGGACGCGCGCAACAAAGGGGCGCCGUACGCCGGCGGGCUGUUCUCGCUCGCGACGAAUGUGAACUACGGCGGGUAUACGCUCUGGCGCGGCGGGUAUGCGCUUGUCUGCGGCGGCGUGCCGUGGGGCGCGGUGACGUUUAGCUUCUUUUUCUGGGAUUUCGCGGUGCGUGGGGUGCCGGUUUUAGAGCAGUAUUUGGUUGGGAGGGUAUGA